AUGAGGUUGAACCUAGCCAAAUGUAGCUUUGAAGUAGGGGCUGGGAAGUUUUUGGGGUUCAUGCUGACGACUCGGGGAAUAAAAGCCAAUGCGAAUAAAUGCACUGCCAUCCUGUACAUGAAAAGCCUAACGAGCCUGAAGGAUGUUCAGAGGCUAGUGGGUAGGAUGACAACGCUUUCCCAAUUCAUCCCCAAGUUGGUCGAGCGUAUCCGACUGGUGUUGAAGAAAAUGAAGAAGGGAUCGGUGGAUAAGUGGGAUGCAGAUUGUGAGAAGGCUUUUGAAGAGGUGAAGGCAGUGUUAACCCACUCCCUGGUCAUGAACCGACCAGCAGAUGGAAAAGAUUUGCAAAUCUAUUUGGGGGGUGUCAGACGAGGCCAUCAGCGUCGUACUAUUGCAAGAAAAGCUAGAACCAAGACUUAUCUACUUCAUAAGUCGGGUCCUCCAAAACGUUGA